CCGCCGCCGCCGCGCAUCAGUAUGCCCAAAACGGUGUUCCGAGUGUGUUUUUGUGUGUGUGCGCCGCCCGUAGGUCGUAUAUCGUACCAUAUGAUCGCAGGGAAUAAAAAAAUUGUCUCGUCAUUCGUCGUUCGUUUAGUGUCGAGUGUUGUUGACCGGAUCGCCGUCGGGAUACUAUUGGAUAUAUAAUAUUAAUAAUAUUAUAAGACUCGUAGGACCGCGCGAGCGUGCGAAUUCUCGUCUCCAGCGUGUUUCGUUCGUUUUCCUCGCGUCGUAUUUUGAAAUCCCGUCUCGCUGUUUUAUCUUUUUAUGUCGGACGUCCUCAGUAUUUUGAUCACCGUCGUCCUGUAUAUAUUAUAAUAGUAGUGUCGUAUGUACUAUAACUUCGUAGAUAUACGUUUUUAACUAUCCGCCGCAAUCCGUGCACGCGCAGUAAUAUAGUACCUAUAUAGUAUAUAGUGCAUGUCGUAUUGGAUGCGCCAACGAUGAAUUCGUUUCUAACGCACAACACGCUGCCGUACCAUCAACCGACGCAGAUGCACCAGAUGAUGAUGGUGGAGCCCAAGUACUCGCCGCCGGACGACUACAGCAACAUGCAGAACUAUAUGGGUUCGCCGGACUUUUUCGGCAGCCCUCACCACCAGCAUCACCACCACCAACACCAGCACCACCACCCCUCCCAUCACGCCAAUCACCUGAGCCAACAGACUCAACACGUCGGCGGCAGUGGCGGCGGUGGCGGAGGCGGUAGUGCUGGCCACCAGCAGCAAGUGCAGGCCAGCGGCGUCGUCGGCGUUGGAAGCUCGGGAGGCCUCGGGGUAAGCAGCGGCGGCGGUGGCGGGGGUGGCCACUAUCAGGGACACUAUCAACAACAGAUCCAGGCCAUGUACCCGAGCCCUGGCCAGACGCCGUCGUAUUACACCAGCGCGGCAACAAAUUACGGCGCGUACCAGAUGCACCACGGUGGCCAAAUGCCGCUCGAGGCCCAACAGCCCCCAGCCUCCCUGAUGCACAACGCCGCGGGGCAACAGUGCCAGGGCGGCAGCAUAAUACCGUCCGGGGCCGGCGGUGGCCUGCAGGCUGUGGCCCUCAACGCGGUCAUGUCGCACGACAUCAAGGACGACUCGUCGCCGUCGCCGCUGCCGUGCCAUCUGCAACCCAGCCCGUCGUCGUCCAACCACAUGUCCAACAACCCGCUAGACGGGUCAUGCUCUGACGACAUGGACGACUGCAACACGGACACGGACGAGAUGAUGAUGACCACGGUCAAUGGGUCGCCGAUCAUGAUGGACGACAGCGAGUCAUCGGACCGGGUCAUCUAUCCGUGGAUGAAGAAGAACCACGUGGCCGGAAUGCCGAACGGUGCGUACCAGCCGGUGGACGUCAAGAGACAACGGACCGCUUACACCCGGUACCAGGUGCUGGAGCUGGAGAAGGAGUUUCACUUCAACAAGUACCUGACCCGGAGACGGAGGAUCGAGAUCGCCCAUUCGCUGGUGCUGUCCGAGCGGCAGAUCAAGAUAUGGUUCCAGAAUCGGCGUAUGAAAUACAAGAAGGACAACCAUCUACCCAACACGAAAAACGUGCGCCGGAAAAACGGAAGCACGCAACCGGCGGGUAAAAAGUCCCGGGCCAAAAACAACAACAACAACAAUAACAACAGCAACAACAAUAACAACCAUCAGCAGCAGCCGCUGUGCUCGCCGUCCGGGUUGAAAAUCGAUUCGCACGACAUGUCACCACAACAACAACCCGAGUUAAGGUUACAACAGCAGAACGAUGUCGGGUCGACGUCGCUGAUGUCCGCAAUAAUACCGUCGUCGUCGACGUCUUCGUCUUCGUCGUCGUCCGCCGCCGCAGCCGCGUCGGUCGCUGGACACAACAACCCGGCCGCCGCCAUGCAGCAACAGCUUCACCAACAACAGCAGCAACAACAACAACUACAGCAACAGCAACAGUUACAACACUGUAUGAACCACCGCGGGCCACCGCCGCACCUGUCUCAACACCUACAACAACAGGGUUUGGCCAUCGGGGUCGGCGCCGGCGAGUACGGCCUCACUCAGCUGUAACGGCACGUUUGCAGAUCGUGAGCCGCCCGUUUUCCAAGGUAUAAGUUACUUGACAUAAAAUGAAAAUAUACGAAAAAAUAAUACUGUAAAAUCCAACAAAUAAAAAUACGAAAGUGAUCACCGCGUUAUGGUCGAUAUAUAAUAUAUAGGUAUUAUACCCAGGUACUAUUUUAACCACUGUCAUUAUACCUAGGUACUAUUUUGACCACUGUCACUAUGCCAAUGACAGAUGUCAUGUUAAAUUCUUCAGACGUUCUAUACGGGUUUCUUCUUUUCGUGUUGUUCUCCCCACGGUCAGAUUGAUUAUAUAAUAAUAUACCUUCACGCCCUCGGAUCCAAGUCCCCAUGGGAUCGAUCGAUUUUGCGGCGGUUUGGCGCCGUUUGGGAGGGGGGAAUCUUAAUUUAUAUACAACACUUAUAAUAUAUGCGCGAUUGCCACGGUCGAUUUUCCAUACCAUCGCGUUUCCGAUUUAUAACACCUGACUUACGAGUAACGUAUAUAGUAUUGCGUAUGAUAAGAUAUAGUUUGUAGCGGGUAUAUUAUAUAUUUAUAUAAUAUUAAUUACUAAAAGAAAAAUAAUAUUUUGACCGUGGGAAGAAUAUAAUAUAAUAACUCCUAUGAAAUAAUAUCGUAUAACGUAUUCGUGCUUGACAACGGGUUUAUUGAAAUCUUCUGGCGAAACCAUUUCCAACGCACGGUAGAUUCACAUAAAUAAAUAAUUGGUUAAAAUGUUUAUAUUUAUGGAAAAAAAAUGUUAUUUAUUGUUAGUAUCUCUUACAUUUAGAUAUUUUUUUGUCCAAUCGUUUUGUUUUCGUUACGAUAAAAAGAUUCUAUAUAAUAUACAAUAUAUAAUAAUUUAUAUAAUUUAUAAAAUAGAAAAUAUUAUUUAUAUACAUGUGCAUAUAUAUAUAUAUAUAUAUAUGUAUGAGGUAUAUGAAAUAUUAUAUGAAGAUUAAAAAUUAUAUACAGCUCAUUUGUAAAUUUUAAAAAUAUUGUAAUAUUUAAGGAAUCGUAUUAUUAUUAUUAUUAUUUUUUUUUUAACACUUUUCUUAAGUUUGGUUUCACGUCUGUCUGUGAUCAAAUCUUGCGCGCUCGAUUUGAGGCACUUUUUGAAGAUGAAAAAUUCUGAAAAUUGGUAUAGACCUUGGUCUUGGAUGACAAUACAAUAAUCCGUUGUCAUUUUGGGACAUGGACCAAAAAAAAAAAAAAGGAUUGUCCCCACGACGUCGCCGUAAUAUCUCUCGCAGAUAUUGAACUUUCUCUCUUCCCCAAAAAAAAACCGCAACCUCUUACGAAGCAAGUAUAGGCGUGUCCUAUCCAUUAUUAUAAUAUCUAUGGUAACAACGGUAAUUAUUACCAAAUAACAUUAUACCGGUAUUCUGAUAUAGGUACCGAAAACACCGGAUAACAUAUUUCUUAAACGUUUAAUAAAAAUAUUUACUUUCAACUAAAAAGUAGAAAAUAAAAAAUAAAAAAAAAAAUUUUAAAAACACACUUUUCCAUAAAAACAUUUAAAAAAAAAUUUUAAAAAUUGCACUAAAAAGACAAAAAUAAUUCUCUGUACUUAAAAAUAAUGAAAAAUUUAUUGAUGAAAAAUUUAAAAGUGUGUGGUGCAUCAUACAAAACAUUAAAAGCCGAGCUAAGUCUCACAUACACUUCUUUGUUCAAUCCUGUUUAUAAGAUAGUGACUGGCAGUAUAUGUCAAGUAUAAGAGCAAAAUAAUGAAAAAUUUACUGAUGAAAAAUUUAAAAGCCAAGGAAAGUCUCACAUACACUUCUUUGUUCAAUCAUGUUUAUAAGAUAGUGACUGGGAAUAUAUGUCAAGUGUAUGAGCACCACACACUUUUAAAUUUUUCAUCAAUAAAUUUUUCAUUAUUUUUAAGUACAGAGAAUUAUUUUUGUCUUUUUAGUGCAAUUUUUAAAAUUUUUUUUUAAAUGUUUUUAUGGAAAAGUGUGUUUUUAAAAUUUUUUUUUUUAUUUUUUUUUAUAAUCUUUUAAUGUGUACAUAAAAUAUAAAUCACGAAAACACAAGCUCAUUUAUUUAUUGACCUAUAAAAUAUAAUAUAUAGGUAUUACUACUUUAUUAUAUAAUAUUCACAUUUCUACUGUAAUAUGUAUAUGUUUUUCCAUGACUAUGUAUAAACUAUAAAUUAAAAGAUAUUUUUUGUUUAAUCGUCGUUGUCGAUUGAUUUUAGAAAGUCUUUUUUUCUUUUUUUGUAUACUCAAAGAAAAAGAAAAUAUUUUUAACUUAUGUAUUAUACCUAUAUGCUAUGUAUAAUAUAUUAUUAUUGUAUACUUUAAGAGUCGCUAUAUAUAUUUUCAACCUUUAUUGUUUUAAAAUAUGUUUUUCUUUUCGUUUUUCCUUUUCCAUAUAUUAUAUAAUAUAUGAACAUCAUACCUGUUAUGCUGAGUCCGACGAUACGUUUCAGUAUAGAAAGUGUUAUUAUUAAACAAUAUACAUUAUACAUAAUAUAUUACAUAUUAUUAUACUGUGUAAUAAUACGAGCAUAAUAUUAUAAAUUAUUAUCCAAACAAAAAAUAUUCCGAACACAUUUAUAUACGAUAUGGAGAAAAGCAAAUUAAAAUAUAA